AUGAGUAAUCCCCAACAUGAUGACAUUAUUCUAUGGUUGUUACCACACAAAGGUCCCGGCUUCCACGGCGCUGUGGAAGUGACUGAACUGCCUGAGAACAAGUCGCGAUUCAUUCCAGCCCGCCAAAGCCGACCCUGCCAAGGGAACAUCGAUCAGGACGAUCCAGAGCGCACAGUGGCCCAGGUCCAGGAUGGCUUAGAUGAGAACAUUCCACACCUCGCCGUGAGGUAUAGCCAAGGAGGGAAAACCCCCGCAGGUGUGGUAUGCGGCACAGACGCUGAUGUCGAGUUGACCAUCAAGGCUUCAGGUGUAAGCAGAAAACACUUCGCCAUCACCUUCGAUGGCCUAUACCGCCCAGUCAUCAAAGACUUACAGUCGCAAAAUGGAACCAUGAUCACCUACAAUGGGGAAACGGGAGCACGAUUGUCCGACUUCACAUGGUCGCUGGAAGGCCCCAGCAUUCUCAAUGGCAAACCACCGGUUCUCCAUAUCACAGACAAGAUUCAGUUCCAGAUUCUCUUGCCGCAUUGCGAUUACAGCUCCCCACAACACAUCGACCGGGUCACGAAAUUCCGUAUGGGAAGUGCCAACCCAGAAACACUCGUUGCAUCCUUCCACAUCGACCCUUCUGGAGUGACCAAAGUCGACAAAGUCGACAAGAAGUCGCGGAAGGAAUUGGAAUCCAUUCAGCCGGGCUCGGGUCCCAGGGUCCUCUACAGACAAAGAAUCGGCCAGGGUGGCUUUGGUUUCGUCUACUAUGUGUGGAACGCAAAUACCAGGGAGCAGUAUGCCACGAAGGAGCCAAAGGAACCGGAGAAAAUGACGCCGCAAGAUCUGGGGUCGUGGAAGCAGGAGGCGGACAUAAUGGCACGGGAUCACAUUGUCAAGUUCCGAGGCGCCAGCUUCUCGCCAUAUCCGCAGUUGUCAUUCGAGUACGUCUCUGGAGGCUCGCUUGAGCGCUACUCUGACUUUUCGGCCCUCGAGUGUACUCAGGUGCUCUGCCAACUGUCGUCAGCAAUUCAAUAUCUACACAGCCUGAACCCUCCCUUGGUCCAUAGGGACAUCAAGCCUGAAAAUGUCCUCGUUCAGAGCAGGGAACCGGGCAGCAUCUACGUCAAGUUUGCGGACUUCGGCCUCGCCAAGGCGGCGGAAGUCAUGCAGUCGGCGUGCGGUACUUUUCCCUGGCUAGCUCCGGAGGCUCUCAGGGUCUGGUGUGGGGCUGCCGGCAGGGACGACACAUACAGCCCGCUUGUUGACAUCUUCUCUCUUGGUCUUGUUAUCGCACACCUGGCGUGCAAGGGCUCAGACUCCAGCAGCCAGUCGUUGACUACCAUUGCCGGCAGGCACCACCUACUGCAUCGGGUCAAACUCCUGUCAGACGAUGAAGACAUUGGCCCUCUUCUCCGACUAAUCCUCAAGGGAAUGUUGGUUGAAGACCCGCGCCAGAGAUGGUCGGCAGACAAGGUCAACUCAGAAGCACAAAAGAUGCUACAGGCCAUGAUCAACAAGUCGGAAAAUGAGGGCGCAGCCACACCAACACUCUCGGUUUUCGGCGCCCAUUCCACGGCUGAACCCAAGAAUCUCGAUGACAACUACAAGAGCGCCGGCGUGGUUGAUGCUGAGGAGGGUAACUCGUCGUUCGUCGCUCGCGACUCUGUCGGCGACGAAGGGUCGCAACAGACCAUCAAGGCCUCUGGCCAAGCUCAAUCCACACGCAAGAGGAAAUUGUCUGAGGAGAGUGUUGCGUCGCCGCCCAGCGGAUCUCUCACGUGUCCCCCGUCGGGAGAUCAACAAGAUGUCAUCGACGCCACCCCACGGAGAAUGAAACGAGCGAAGACGAGCAAACACUGA